AUGGCAACUCUCAGUAGAAUCGUUGAGUUGUGCCUGCUGCUCCCAUCACUCUGCCACAUCGCGGUAGCUGUGUCGCAGGGUGACUUGGCAAACUACAAAAUAGCUUCUUUCUCGUACGAGGAUCCUCACUCCAACCCCAACGCCAAAUUCAACCACUUCACCAUCGAUCAGGAAUCGGGGGAUGUUUAUGUCGGGGCUGUCAAUAGGCUCUUCAGACUUAACAGCAGUUUUGAUCACGAGAAGAACAUCACCACGUACAACAACACAGAUCGCCCUGAUAGAGACUCUAACUACAACAAAAUCUUGAUCAUUUACCCUCCCCUGGGACUGAUAACCUGUGACAGCGAAAACAAUGGUCAGUGCCAGCUGCGGAAUUUGAUAGAUUUGUCUGUAAUCAUGAGCACUGUGUAUCCCGUAACAUCGAUCGCAGAGAAGGCUUCUGUGGCUACAAUUGGUCCAGGGCGGAAUCAAAAAGAUUAUUUGUAUGUGGGAGCAACAUUUGAUCAAUCUGACCGUCGCAAUAUCCCGCUGAUUUCUAGAAGAAGGCUAAAAUACGGUAGUGGAUUCUUGGCGGCAUCGAGUGAAUAUGACAUUGUAUUUGGCAGGAGAUAUCUCGCUGAUACAAUUAUCAAUUACAUCAAGGUGUUUUCUUUUCGAGGAUUUACUUAUUUCGUAUCAUUUCACCUUGCAUCUAAACUCAGUCGCGUUUGUCAAGACGGCGCUAAUCUAGACUCGUACACAGAAAUUACCCUACAGUGCAGUGGAUCAGAUGGCAGUGUGACAGCUUGGUGCAAGCAGCUCACUUUGGACCAGCAGGACCUGAUCUAG